AGCGGGCACACGCAAGCCGACCAAAUGCAUCUAGGAAUCUCAGUCGCGACGGCGCGCUGAACUGGACUUGUAGGCCGCGCCGACGUAUGAACCAGCCCGUAAUGAAGAUGCUAGAUGGCAAUUUGGUCGUUGUAUUCCCCCCUCUUUCGUGAUACUACCUGUGAUUCUGCGACAUUGUAUCGAAUGUGCAACCGCUAGCGAAACUCUCCAGGGUGGCAUCGGCUUGGUUGUCAUAGCAAAUCUACACCUUCACUUGGAGCUCAAAGCUCAAAGCGUGAAGCUCGAAACACGAUCGACGACCAGCACGCGAAAAUUGUGGCAGUUUGUACCAUGACGACGACAAACACCAAACGAAGGCGGAGGAGGAGGCAGGACAAGCCCUCGAUCACAGCAAGAUUAGUCCUCGACGACCAUGUCAGAGGCGAUACUGGGAUCCUCUCCGACGACCUCUUCGCUGACCUAUUCCCUCAUCUGAGUAAUGAAAGAAGUGCCGAUGAGGAAUCCAAACAGUCCCCCGAACUCUACCAUGUUGCCAUUGCCCCAUGGGCCCCCAAUUCCGCGCCUACAAGAACAAGUUGGACCGUUGUCCCUAUAUCGAAGUCGUCGGCUCUUGCGCACUCGACUAUUCAGUUUUCGCCAUCGUCUCUGGCAUUACAAAGCUUCGCGACAACCCUGCAACAGAUUGCGCCGUCCAAACUAUCAAAUCACAGCAGAAGUGGCAUCGAGGUCUACAUUCUCGAUGUAGCUGCAUUGGAGCUGGACACCGUUUUUGUUAGCCUAGAAGGAGAUCUUGCUAAGAGACUGGAGAACGGGGAAGGCACCUUCUUCAGAGACCAUCCGUCGGCCAAGGGGAAAGGAGUUGCCGCCCCUGAUUCCUCUGCCUCGCGAUUGGCGGACGCAUUGCGUGUCGCGUUGGGGUCGCUCAAGGUUGUCCAUGAUGGAGACCUCUUUCCUCUACCGUUGCCUCCACACCAAAUUACGCAUGUACCGCCGACUCCCGGAAAGGUAUUGCUAUGCGAACCCGUGGCACAAGGGAUAUUAGGCCCCAGCACCAAGAUCGUUUUAAGUAGAGGCAACAGUGCCUCAAAACAUGACCGAAAAGCAGUGCCCUCAUCUCAAGCCCUCAAUGGAGCUACGCAAGAUGACGCCGACGACACUGGCAAUGACCAGUUCUUCUCGGCUGCCGAGGAGCGGAAUAAGACAGACGCUGCCACAGAGACUGAAACUGAUCUCUCGGAGCCUGAGAAUGAAGACGACUUGUCUGAUGAUUCAUUGGAUGAUAUUAUAUCCCUUCAGGCACCCACAUUACCAACUACGGCUGCCAGUGGCGUGUCAACCAUGCAGCCCGGAACACCGCGAACAAUCGGCCGUGGAAGGAAGACCAAUGGCAUGACUACGCCUGGGUCUGUUUUCUCAGCCUUCACUGCUGCUACAGCACGUCCAGAUCGGCCAAAGGGACGAUUGUUCAAGGCACAUGGCCUGAUGAAUUCUAUACCAGCAGACUUGCUUCACCCAAAGCCUACCGCAGAAGAUGACGAGGAAGCUCGCAUUUACGUCGACAUAGCCUCUCUAGCUGGGAUCGGAUGCUUCUCUGGAGACUGGGUUCGUGUCGAAGCUUCGGAAGAGCCCCCCUCUAAUGGAUCUGGGCUCUUUGGUCUGGGAAGCUUUGGACAUUCCGAUGCUAUGGAGCCUGUCUGGAGGCCCGCAAAGGUGUUUGGGCUGCCAGAAGGUUACUCUCAUCGGCCCGUAACUAGAAUACCAAGUGGGAGGCACGAUAUGGGCAAUCCCAGGCCAUCAUUCUUCGAAUCCCAAAUGCAGAAGUUUUCAACCCCCGGAACAUACCUGUCGCCGCUUUUACUGACAAACAUGGACAACCCGCCAUAUCUACGGCUGUCACCCCUGAAAAGACACGCAUAUCCUCCAAAACUUGGACAAGCCAAAAUCACAGGCUCAUCCCAUCCGCCUACUGCUCGCGAUGUUAUAGUCCAACAAAUACGAACCCCAACCUCUUCUGAAAGGACCCUUCAAACAGCAAUACUAAGUGGAUUGAAGAACUAUUUCUCCAAGUGCACCCGUGUGGUCAAGAUGGGCGACAUCAUUGGUAUCCCGAUAGACACCCAGCUGGGCAAAGCUCUCCAAGAGUCUUCUGCAGCAGGGGAUGGGUCAGCAGUUGAUGAUAUACUGGGCUUGACAGCUUCCAAGAAAGCCGACACUCCUGCCUCGAAGCCUGACGACAGCGUUUGGUUCAAGAUCGGCCACGUACAACGACAAAAGUCGGAUAGCGUGGAUGACGACGAUGAAGAGGACAUAUGGGGAGGGGUCGCCUGUGUCGAUCACUCGGUAACGCAGAUAGCUCAGUCGGGAGCCGUUGUGAGCCUCCUUCCGGGCACGAAGGACAGCAAUUGGCCUUUCUACCUAGGCUUGGAGGAGACCUCAUCAAAGACAUUUUGCCCGUACAACCCGGAACAGAUCAGAAGAUUUGUGUCCCCUCUGCAGCGGCGAUUGCGUGAGCUUAUGGCCGCUGCCACGAGCAAACGAGCAAUUCAUCUCAAAAUGCCACCAGUGGCAGUCCUGAUAGUCUCGACACAGCGAGGCAUCGGCAAAGCUACUGUGGCGACGAAGGCGUGCUCUGAUAUUGGCCUCCACACCUUCACCAUCAAUGCUUACGAUAUCGUCAACGAGAGUGGCGCCGGCGGCAGUGAUUCGAAGACAGAGAUUUCCUUGAAAGCACGCACGGAACGUGCCCUGAACUGCGGCGCCGAGUGCUGCGCCUUGCUGAUUCGGCACAUUGAGGCCCUUACCGCGGACAGGAUGGUAACGGCAAUGAGAGAGAUUCUCGACGAUGCUCGAAUUCUCAUUGCGACUACUACCGAGGUGGACAAGGUUCCAGACGGCAUCAGGGGCCUUUUCACCCAUGAGCUUGAGAUGAGUGCUCCAGAUGAGGGCGAACGAGAAGCUAUUCUGAGGUCUAUCAUCGAAGGCCAAGGGGUUGGCUUAGCCCCUGAAGUGGACUUAAGUGGUGUUGCCAUCAAGACUGCGGCCCUCGUAGCAGGUGAUUUGGUCGACGUAGUCGAGCGGGCCUUGGUAGCCCGCCAAUCCCGGCUCGAGGCGCUCUCAGCGAAGGCUUCGACAACCGACUCUCGCAUCACUUUGCGUGACAUUCAAGUUGCGGGUGGAUCAGCCGCCCGGUGCUUGACGAAGGCGGACUUUGACAUUGCUGUAGACGCGGCGCGCAAGAACUUCGCCGAUGCCAUCGGGGCACCCAAGAUUCCCAACGUGACAUGGGAUGAUGUGGGCGGUCUGAACAACGUCAAGGAGGCGGUCAUGGAGACGAUUCAGUUGCCUCUAGAGAGGCCAGAACUGUUUGCCAAGGGCAUGAAGAAGCGAUCGGGCAUCUUAUUCUACGGCCCACCAGGCACGGGCAAGACGCUGUUGGCCAAAGCCAUCGCGACGGAGUACAGCCUGAACUUUUUCAGCGUGAAGGGUCCCGAGCUGCUCAAUAUGUACAUUGGAGAGUCCGAGGCCAACGUCCGUCGCGUCUUCCAAAGAGCCAGGGAUGCGCGACCCUGCGUUGUCUUCUUUGACGAAUUGGACUCAGUCGCACCCAAGCGUGGUAACCAGGGAGACAGCGGUGGAGUUAUGGACCGGAUCGUUUCGCAGUUGCUCGCCGAGCUCGACGGAAUGUCAGGCGGUGACGAUGGCGGAGGCGGUGUCUUCGUCAUCGGCGCCACCAACCGUCCUGAUCUGCUUGAUCAGGCUUUGUUGCGUCCCGGCCGUUUUGACAAGAUGCUCUACCUGGGCGUUUCCGAUACGCAUGACAAGCAGAUCACCAUCAUGGAAGCGCUUACCCGAAAGUUCACCCUCCACCCCUCCGUCUCUCUUCCCAAAGUCGCAGAGCAUCUCCCUUUCACCUACACAGGAGCCGACUUUUACGCCCUCUGCAGCGACGCCAUGCUCAAAGCGGUGACGCGGCAAGCGACCGCAGUCGACGCCAAGAUCCGCGCCAUCAACGCGGACCCAGAAACUCACCACCCCAUCUCGACGGCCAAUUUCUUCGACCACCACGCGACGCCCGAGGAUAUCGCCGUCAUGGUUACGGAGCAGGACUUUUUGGACGCCAAUCACGAGUUGAUCCCCAGCGUCAGCGCCGGGGAAUCGCGGCACUACGAGCAGGUCCGGGCUACGUUUGAGGGCGGGCGGGGCGAGAAGAAAAACGGCGGCCCGCAACAGCAGGACAUCGCUGCUAUGAUGAGUGAUUCGAAUAGCGUGCGGUCGAAGGGUAAGGGGAAGCAGAAGGCUGUCGUGGGGAAGGGCAAGGGGAAGGCAGUUGCGGGUGCUAGCAACGAGGAGGAUGAGGAUGACGAUGCGGAGAAAGGUGCGUAUAGUAGCCAUGGUACCAACGGCAAGUCAUCCAAAGGAAAGGGAAAAGCUGUUGCUAUGUUUCAGGAGGGGACGGCUAGUGAUGAUGAGGGUCUGUACUAAGUAAAAUACAAUAUGGCACUGCACGCAUGCAUGCACA